GUGCUGAUACCUUUUCACCUGCCAUGGCGCGUCCAGAAGUUAAUUUUGUUUGUGAGAUGAGUGGCUAGUGAUCGGGUUGGGAGACAACGGAUGGUGAGGUGAGUAAUAGGUAUUCCCUUUGCUAGCCAUGGCAGGUGCUUGGUGGGAUGGGAACUAGGCACGCGCGCAGUGAGCCCAAUCGGCAUAGAAUAAUGCUGAGCGGAGCUCUGUAAUGGGGAGGGUAUUCGUCGCUACCCCCUAUUGUUUCGUUAACUUGCUCCGACCUUCAUUUCCCAUUUCAACUCUCUCUUCUCCGUCGCUUCUCGGACCCGUCUCUCUUCCACCUAAAAGACUAGUAUCCUUCUUUGCAAUGGAUGGUUCUGGAGCCAGCCCUUUAAAGGAAGUGCCACUGGGUUUAGAGAUUGCGGUGGAGGAAGAAUAUGCUUCCCAGUCUAAACUACUUCAAGAAUUCACUAAUAUCUCCAGCAUUGAUAAGGCAUGGAUUUUUAAGUCUGAUGGCGGAAGAGGGUCCCGGGCAAUGUUUUCAAUCAGUCAAUCAAAUCUUUUAGCGAAUAAGAAGAAAAAAUAUAUUUUGUCCUCUCAUAUUUUGAAAGAAGGCCAACACUCUAUAAACUUUGAAUGGGCCCCAUUUCCUGUCGAGAUGACAGGUGUGUCUAUAAUGGUUCCAUCACCAUCAGGUUCAAAGCUUCUUGUAAUUCGAAAUUCUGAAAAUGAAUCUCCUACCCAAUUUGAAAUCUGGGGUCUAUCUCAGUUAGAAAAAGAGUUUCACGUCCCUCAAUCAAUUCAUGGCCAAGUAUAUACCGAUGGAUGGUUUGAGGGAAUUUCUUGGAAUUAUGAUGAAACUCUCAUUGCUUAUGUUGCUGAAGAACCAUCUCCCCCCAAGCCCACAUUUGGUGUCUUGGGCUACAAGAAAGCAAGUUCCACAGAAAAGGAUUGUGGCAGCUGGAAAGCUCAAGGGGAUUGGGAGGAGGAUUGGGGGGAAACCUAUGCAGGAAAAAGACAGCCUGCUGUCUUUGUCAUUGAUCUCAACAGUGGAGAGGUGUGUGCUGUUGAAGGAAUUGGAAAGUCUCUGAGCGUUGGACAAGUUGUAUGGGCUCCAUCAACUAAAGGCUCACAUCAAUAUUUGGUCUUUGUUGGGUGGUCAUCAGGCAGAAGAAAGCUUGGUAUCAAGUACUGCUACAACAGGCCUUGCGCUUUAUAUGCAGUCAGGGUUUCAUUUCCAACCAAUGAAAUUCAACCCAAGGGUAACACAGGUGAGGACUUACCUUUGGUUAAUUUAACUCAAAGCAUAAGUAGCGCUUUCUGUCCACGGUUCAGCCCAGAUGGAAAAUUUCUUGUUUUUCUAUCUUCAAAGAGCUCGGUGGAUUCUGGGGCACAUUCUGCAACAGAUUCACUUCAUAGAGUUGAUUGGCCAACAGAUGGGAAGCUCUCAUCAGCAAAAAUUGUUGACGUGGUUCCUGUUGUGAUGUGUCCUGAGGAUGGUCACUUCCCUGGUUUGUACUAUUCAAAUCUCCUUAGUAAACCAUGGCUUUCUGAUGGAUAUACUAUGAUCUUAUCUUCCAUUUGGCGUAGCACUCAAGUGAUACUUUCUGUGAACAUAGUGAGUGGAGAUGUAUUGCGUGUCAGCCCUAGUGAAUUAAAUUUUUCGUGGAAUGUUCUUACUUUAGAUGGGGACAAUGUUGUUGCUGUGUGCAGCAGUCCAAUAGAUGUUCCUCAAAUCAAGUAUGGAAGUCUUGUCAAGGAGGCAUCUACAACUGCAUGGAAUUGGCUGGAUGUUUCAAUCCCCAUAUCUAAAUACUCUGAGAAGGUCAAGUCUUUGCUGUCAUCCCUUCAAUUCAGUAUAAUGAAGAUUCCAGUGAUGGUUGCUGCUGAGAACAUCACGAAAGGUGCUAGUAACCCGUUUGAAGCUAUAUUCAUAUCUUCCAAGUCUAAGAAGAGUGAUGGUUCUGAUCCACUAAUUGUGAUCCUUCAUGGGGGCCCACAUUCUGUCUCACUGUCAAGCUUUUCAAAGGCUUUGGCUUUUCUUUCUUCAAUUGGUUUUAGCUUACUAAUUGUAAAUUAUAGAGGUUCUUUGGGAUUUGGUGAGGAAGCAUUACAAUCUCUUCCAGGAAAAGUUGGAUCCCAGGAUGUCAAUGAUGUUCUUACGGCUAUAGAUCAUGUCAUUGAUAUGGGGCUUGCUGACCCAUCUAAAAUAGCUGUGCUUGGUGGUUCCCAUGGUGGCUUUUUAACAACUCACUUGAUUGGCCAGGCGCCAGAUAAGUUUUUUGCUGCAGCUGCAAGGAAUCCUGUUUGUAACCUUGCAUUGAUGGUUGGUACGACUGAUAUUCCCGACUGGUGCUAUGUGGAGGCCUGUGGAAGUGAGGGAAAAUGUAGCUUUACUGAAGCAGCUUCAGCUGAGGACCUCGCUCUCUUCUAUAACAAAUCUCCUAUUUCACAUCUUGAAAAGGUUAAGACACCAACUCUUUUCCUUUUGGGUGCUCAGGAUCUUCGAGUUCCAGUUUCUAAUGGAUUGCAAUAUGCACGGGCUUUGAAGGAGAAAGGAGUUGAAGUCAAGGUCAUUGUGUUUCCCAAUGAUGUUCAUGGAAUUGAUAGACCACAAUCUGACUUUGAAAGUUUUCUCAAUAUUGCGGUCUGGUUUAAGAAGCACUGUAAAUGAGAAGCAUUUCUGUUCUGCAUUUGCACAAGUGUGAUUAAACAUUGCAUAAGCCAAGAUUGUAGAGCAACUUGAAGGGCAUUGAAUUUACCCAUUCUACACCUUGAUGUAUAUUUGUUGAACAUAGUAUUAUGUUAUUUGCACUCCACAGAAUGUUAUUACCAAAAGAGCAUACAACAAAAUAAACUAGCCAUGUUUAUCCA